AUGAAUCGAAUUUCGGUUUUCAUCGUGUUGCUCUUCAUUUCGCUGGCUAGUGCUGGUUUAUCAGCAUGUGGUACUUCUGGAUGUCCAACAGGAGGAAUAUGGAGUGAUUGGACCGUUACUGGAAAUACAAAUUGCUCGACAUCAUGUGGUUCCUGCUCAUCUUUGUACUACACCAGAAUUUGUAUUUCUGAACUAGCAGGAUGCAAUUGCACCGGAGACACUUCCCGAUAUAUUCCAUGCAACACCGACGUCUGUGCCUACCCAUCUCAAAAGUCAUGUUGCACUCCAUAUGUUCCAAUGGUCAUCGAUGGAUCCUACAUCUGUGGACCAAUUCCAGUUGAUAAAUCAUCAAGUACCACUUCUUGUUGUCCCACUGGAGGUCUCCUAUCGGAUUGGAGUUUAUAUGGAAGAAAUGAUGAAAACACAGCAUGGAUCAGGACUCGAGAAUGUUUGACGACAGAUGUUGGAUGCGCAUGUACUGAUAAUCUCAUUGAAACUAGCACUGCGUGUCCCUGUCCGACAACACUUGUUGAUUUGACAGACACCAGUUGCAAUACAGUGAACUAUGCAGAGGCUUACUAUUCCAAUAUUGUCGUCAAUGAUACAAAAUGUGAAGCAACAUUUUCGAUGCAAGCUUCAAAUUACACAAACUCCGGCAAUAGUGAAAAAUAUAUCUACUGUGGACAUGAUGGAAACUACACAUCCUCUGGUACCCCAAUCAUUCUUUUCCAAAUCUCUCCCAACGAGACAAAAGCAACGACUUGUCAGUUUGAUCGUCCAUUCGAUUGUGGUGCAAUAUCUACUGAAUCAACUGCUCAUCCGACAGUUCCCAUAUCUUUUACUUGUGACUUGGAGGCGUUGACGUGGCAAUAUGACUACAAUGGAUGGCAUGUCACUGGAUAUAACCAAGCUAUGAUUCUUUAUGAUUGA